AUGAGACAUGCCUCUAGAAUUUCUAGGCUCCUGAAGCGCCGGACGGUGCUGAUUGAUCAUGCCGGUCGAGCGCGAGACUGGGAAGGAGCGCUUUGCAUGCUGCAUGAGAUGGCCAGAGCACGGCUGCUGCCUAACCUCAUCAGUUUCAACGCCAGCAUCACAGCCUGCGCCAGAAGUUCUCAGUGGCAGUCUUCGCUUGCGUUGCUACUGGAACUCCGAGAGAGAAAACUCGAGCCGGACCGCACUUCGUACAACGCGACAAUUACGGCUUGUGAAAGGGGCUCCGCGAUGCAGAUGGCUUCUGAAGUCUUCGUUCAGAUGCAUGACGCAGGGGUCCUGGCAGAUCUGUACACGUACAACGCCAGCUUAAGCGGGCAUGGGAAGGAUGCAAAGUGGGAGCUUGCCAUGCAGCUUCUGGUUGACAUGGCAAGAAGACGCACUCAGCCGGAUGUUGUAAGCUUCGGAGCUGCCCUCAGUGCAUGUGAGAAGGCUUCGCAGUGGUUGGCCGCUGUGCAGCUGCUCGGGACUAUGCGCUCCACGAGGCUGGAUCCCAACGUCAUCAUCUACAGCACCUCCAUUAGCGCUUGUGCGAAGUCCUCGCAAUGGCAGAGUGCCCUUCUUUUCCUGAAGGAGUUGCAGGCGCACUUUAUGACAGCCGAUGUGGUGGCGUUCGCCGCAGGCAUCAGCGCAUGCAAGAAGGGAGCUGCUUGGCAGUCAGCCUUGGAGCUCCUUCAGCACAUGAAGCAGCAUGGCCCACAGCCCAACAUCAUUGCCUAUACGGCCAGCAUGAAUGCUUGCGAACGCGGCUCCUACUGGCCACUAGCCCUGCAGCUCAUGCACGAAGUGAAAGGACGCUCCAUGGAAGCGACAGAGGUCACAUACGGAGCGGCCAUGACUGCUUGCAGUAGGGGCUCCCUCUGGCAGUACGCCUUGAUGGUCUUGGAUGAGAUGCAGGUGGCCGCUGUCAGCCCGGACUCCUUGAUUUUCAAUGCAUGUGUGGGUUCGGUGCAAGUUUCGAAGGAGUGCAUCCACUCGAAGCCGGUAUUUCAGCUUGCAGCAAAGAGUGUUCGGCCGCCUUUGCCCAGCACGAUGCGAACCUCCAUGGAGGUGCGGGCAGCCACCGCGAAGGUGCCUCGAGGGGCAGGUGCGUUGAAAGAUUCCCGAGGCAUGUCAGGAACACUUAUGCUGGUGUUGACCUUCAUUGCCUCGGCUGUGGCCAAUCGUGUGGCAAAUCGGGUGCUUCUAGUCCCCAUGGCCGGCCAUACCCUCUUCCUCUCUCUUGCGACAAGCACUGCGCAGCUGACUGCCUACUUGCUGCUUCUUGCUUGGAGGGCGUGGAAGCAACUCCCAAUAAGUGACAUGUGCCAGUUCGUGGCGGCACACUGGAAGCUGCUGCUGCUGGUGGGUACAUGCGAGGGGGCCUUUUAUCCCCUGGUCUUUGCAGCAGCAGCGAAAUUACCUGGAGGACUAGUGCAGGCCUGGGGUUGGGCCGAAAGUUUCCGACAUGGUUUCCGGCGUUAA